AUGGCAGGACCUUUCCUUACGCCAUGGCAGUGCUUGCGCGCCCUCAUCCUCUUCUUCCCAUGCAUGUCCUUUGCUCUGGUCGACAUCCGGGCAGCUUUCAAUCUUGCAAGACCCAACACGGGCGGCAACUGCGAAGCCCGCAUAAAUCAGCUGAACGGCUUUUUCAGCGAGGCUGAUCAGAUGACCACGGACGCAAUCAAUAUGCUGAGGGCCGCGAUCUCGACGACACCCGACAUUGGCGAAAAUGAGCGUGGCCAGGCUCAGCGGGCUGCCACCACCUGGCUCUCGGCCCUCACCGACGCUGAUCGUGGCGUCGCCAUUGACACAUUCCGCCGCAUACGUGACUUCCUCGACAGAGGCCAGAACGCGGACCAUCCGCAGAAGCCAGCCUGGUUAUUUUGCGACGAUACCUGGCUUGCCAAGCAUCAAUGGACGAACCCAGUGCAAAACCAGAACGGAGCGUUCAUCCUGGUUCCUACGAGCACCGGUACGCGCUUUAAGCUGAUCCAGGAGCAAUACCCGACGCGGUUUCAACAGAACCCGGGCCUGCUCCCCUAUUUCGCGGCGUCGAUCGGGACCUACGUCCUCGAUCUCGACUAUGGAACUAGCAGCUACUGCGGAGAAAGCAACCUGGGCGCCACCCAAGACGAGUCGCCCAAUGCGGCCACCAUGACUCUAUGCCCCGUCUCGUUCAACUCCGGUGCGUCGGCUCCAGCAGCAAGUCUCGGUGCCGAUGGCGGGAAUGGGCCCGGGUUCCAGCGCUACGCGCCUCCGUCAUUGACCAUGUAUCAUGAGCUGUUCCACCUUGUUCUCGGCGCUGCGCAGUCCGACGACGUCCAAGUCAACAACGCCGUAGGCAACGCUGUGGGCGACGUCAACACGAGGCUAAUUGCCACCCGUGCUGCCAGGGCCGCGAACAGGGGAAACAGGGCGCAGCUACAAAGAAUCCUCAGAAACCCGGAGUCGUACACGUGGUUUGCCCUCCAGGCCUGGUAUUUCUACCGGCGGAACCAGUACUUUAACCCCGAUGAAAACGGUGUGGUUGACAGGCUGCUCUAAAGUGGGACUGAGAACCGUGGACGGUGACGGUUGAAGCUCAUUCUGUACGACGAUAUCUUUUGCCUUGAUCGCCAAUUUACUGCUGUUGUACUGCCCUUGGCUCU